AUGGCGCCCUCGGCUCAAACGCACCAUCGCUCCCACAGCCUGCUGCUCUUUCAGAAACUGCUAAACCUUCGAGACAGCGCAAGCCCACUCACACUUAUUCUCGAUACCCUUGAACAAGGUGCAGGACCACUUAUACAGGAAUUCAUCAGCAGAGGCAAGCUUGCCCGUAGUAAAGUACUCUUUGUUUCAUUUACUACUGUCAGGAAGCCCCGUGAUGUCGAUAUCUUCAUCAAGGCCAGGGGCAAGUCAGUCACGGCUCUCAUAACCGAGAUCGCCUCACAUUUUGCUCCUCCCAAGGGCCAAACACCCAAAGAUGCUGCCACGAGCUCCCAGAGAUUUCUGAUCGUGGUUGACUCGCUAAACCCCCUUGCCUCGAAAGAGCCACACGCCCUCCCCCUCUUCUUCGGCAGCAUCAUCAACCCGUUCGCCUCCCUCGUCGCCGUCUACCACAACGACGUACCGCUCGUUCUCCCCCGAACCGUCAACGAGUACGAACCCCAUCCGCUCACCCUCCUGUCACAUAUGGCCACCGCCAUCUUCAAGGUUUCGAGUCUCUACCAGGCCGUCGAGACCAAGCGGGCGCAAAUGAGGAGCUUGCGCGAGCCAGAGUGGGGGCUCCAUGAAGGGCGCGAAGGCGUGCUUGUUGGCUUGCGGACGGGCCACCAAGCUGAGGGACUCGUGGUGGAAAUGGAGAUGAGGAGGCGCAGCGGGAGAGCCGUGGCUGAGAGGUUUAUACUGAGCCCGUCGACUCAAAAGGGCAGUGCCGGCGCGAGUCUGUCACUGCUUUCGGAUCAUCCGCUGUUUGCGCCGCCGAAGGACGCGGAGGGCGGUGCGGAGGGAGAGAUGGCGGAUACCACGUUCAAUUUGGGGUUGACGGAGAAGCAGAGGAGUGAUAGGGAAGGGAUUGUGUUGCCGUACUUUGACGCGCAGACAGAGGUCGGUGGAGGGGAGGGAGGCCGGAUUCUGUAUGACAUGGGCAGGGAAGAUGAUUUUGAUGAUGAGGAAGACGAGAUUUGA